AUGUUAUAAGAACAUAUUAAAUAGAUGUUCCAUUCAUAAACAAAACCAUUUCUUCCAUCAACAUCAUCUCGAAAAACAAAUACUCUUCAGAAAAGAUCAUAGGCAAUCUCAACUAUAAGUAUUCAAGAUCUUCCUUCAUAUUCCCCAAAUAAACAAUUUUUUUCUGAUUAAAAACCUACAAGAUUCUAAACUUAAUAACAUUAGAUAACUUAAUAAACAAGUUCUCAAAAUGGUAAUUCAGUUAGUUGUCAAACCAACAUGCCUCUUUAUUAUAUUGAUAAACCUUUUCCUGAUAUUCCUCCCUCAGAUCCUAUAUGGUUACUCAUUAUACCACAUGAAAUAUUACAAAAAUCAUCUGUGGAACAAUUAUUUAACUAAAAUAAAGAAUAUUUGUACUACUUAUUGAGUUUGUACUUCUAAGAGAAAAUAUAAGGAGAUUAUAAUAAAAACAAAUAAAAUUUACCUACUAAAUGGAAAACUAAUUCUAAUCAUGAUAUCAAAUCUAAAAUUCAAGAAAAACUAUUGCUUAACAAAAAUUCUCAAAAUUAAAGGUCUCAUUAAAAUUUUUAAUUUGCUUAAACUUCAUAUAAAACUGACUAUCCUGGAUAUUCACCUCCAAAUUACAAAACUAAAUAAGAAAAGUUUAAAUUUGAAAAAAUCCAACAAUAAUUUCCCACAUUUACAUCGACUUAAGUAUAUAUUAUCACUUAAUUUUUAGACUUAUCAAAUGGGUAAAACUUUUAAUAGAAAAUUUUGUCCGAGAUUAUCUACCUCUACAGAAUUCUCACAAUAAACUUAAACGAAUUACAAUAAAAAUUUUAUGUGGCCAUAAAUAAUAGAAUAAACUUAAAAUAAAAAUAAUAACUCAAAAUUGUAUUUCACUCAUCCUUUAAUUAAGGAAUCCAAUUUCAUCCAAAGGAGUCAUAUUUGAGAAACAAACCGAAUCUUAUUUCUAAUAUCCCCUUCAUCCAGUGCCAAAAACCACUAAACCAUAUCAUUAAUAAUAAUAUUCUGCCAUUAUUAAAAGGUAAAAUAACUUUCAUUUUCUAGAGAUAUUUUAGGACCAAGAAUUGGAGAUGUUACUUAAAUGAAGAAUUGGAGAUAAAGUGUUUUAAAAAAAAAAAUGAAUCAAUUUAGAAGCUAAUCAUAAGAUUGA